AUGGCGCGACAACGGAAGAAGAAACGUACACAUGCGGGAGCGCAAAAUGGACAGGCGCAUUUACAUAAGCCUGGGAGCAAGGAUCCUAAAAGCAUGGUUAUACGAAUUGGAGCUGGUGCGGUCGGUCCCAGUGUCAGUCAGCUUGUGAAAGACGUCCGCCAAAUGAUGGAACCCGGCACCGCCAGUCGACUGCAAGAGCGUCGGAAGAAUGGUUUACGUGACUAUACCACAAUGGCAGGACCGCUUGGGGUUUCUCAUCUUCUACUUUUCUCGCGCUCAGAGUCUGGAAACACAAAUCUGCGAUUGGCCAUCACGCCCCGCGGUCCAACAUUACAUUUCAGAGUAGAUCAGUAUGUUUUGGCGAAAGACAUCAAGAAAGCCCAAAAGCGACCUCCAUCCAGGGCAAAAGACUUUGCAACCUCGCCUCUAUUAGUAAUGAAUAAUUUUAAUAUGCCGGAGCCUUCAAAUGGGCUGAAGCCUGGGGUACCAAAGCACCUCGAGUCCUUGACAACUACAGUAUUUCAGUCAAUGUUCCCUUCCAUCUCCCCCCAAUCGACACCUUUAUCAUCCAUUCGCCGCGUUCUACUUCUCAAUCGUGAAGUGCCUUCCUCGAAAGGGGAGAUCAAUGACGGUCUUUAUGUAGUUACUCUUCGCCACUUUGCCAUCACGACUAAGUCUACAGGCCUCUCACGGGGAGUGCGGCGGCUCAAUACAGCCGAGAAGUUGGUUAAGCAACCUCAGAAACAGACGAGAGGCAUUCCAAACCUCGGAAUGUUGGAUGAUGUUGCAGACUAUCUGCUCGAUCCUUCAGCUGCGGCUUCGGGCUUCACUUCCGCAAGUGAGAGUGAAGUCGAAACGGACGCUGAAGUCGAGGUCCUGGACACCAAUGUUAGGAAAGUCUUGACGAAGCAGCAGAUGACAGAGAAACGAAGCAAAGAUGGAAAGAGUGAUCGGCCGCAGAAGUCUAGCACCGAAAAGCGUGCAGUCAAAUUAGUCGAACUGGGACCAAGGAUGAGGCUGCGAAUGACGAAGGUUGAGGAAGGCCUGUGUAACGGAAAAGUCAUGUGGCAUGAAUAUCUCAAUAAGACGCCCAAGGAAAUUAGCCAAAUGGAGAAAGCGUGGGAACAGCGAAACCGAGAAAAGGCUGAACGGCGGCGGAUACAAAAGGAGAACGUUGAACGGAAGAGGAGAGAGAAAAUCAACAACAAAGGACAUCACCGGGCUAAUAGUGAGGAAGAGAAUGACGAAAACUCCGAAAAGAGUGACGAUUCGAAGGUAGAAUGGGAUAGUGAAGGUUUGGAGGAAGAAGUGCUGAAAGAUAGCUGA